AUGCAGCACCAUGCGCCAUUCGGAUAUCCUACGCCCCCAGCAUCCCCCGCCUACGACAAUUUCAAGUGUGGCAACAACCAGCAGACAUACUCGGUCACUCCAUUCCAGUCCAGAUGCAUCCCGUUGGCCCCAGAGCAGAGAUUAGGAAGACUUCUGGAGGGAAAGCUUCAGUUGACCGAGGUGCUCGGGACCGGCGCCUAUGGAGUAGUCUACGCUGCCAUCGAUGUAAAGACUGGUGUCCGGUAUGCUGUCAAGUGUCUGAGCAAGUAUAAUGCCGAUGGUACUCCGUUGGAACGACGCCAGGUUGCCUAUCAACAACGGGAGAUCAGACUUCACUACCUUGCCUCAGCGCAUCCCAAUAUUGUGUCUAUGCUCAAGAUCGUAGAUGACCCCGAUUGCAUCUAUGUCAUCUUGGAGUAUUGCCCAGAAGGAGACCUGUUCCUCAACAUUACAGAGCUUGGCCAAUACGUGGGUAAGGACCAACUCUCCAAGAAGGUUUUCCUGCAAAUCGUCGAUGCCGUUGAGCACUGCCAUAAACUGGGAAUCUACCACAGAGAUCUGAAGCCUGAGAACAUUCUGGUGACGGAUAAUGGAAACACCGUCAAAUUGGCCGACUUUGGCCUUGCCACUGCGGAUGAUCGCUCCGAGGACUACGGAUGCGGCUCGACCUUUUACAUGAGCCCUGAAUGCCUCAAUCCUUCAACCCGGAAACCCUACUACAUGUGUGCACCCAAUGAUGUCUGGUCAUUAGGAGUCAUUCUUGUCAAUUUGACUUGUGGCCGCAACCCAUGGAAGCAGGCCUCUUGCCAGGACUCUACCUAUCGGGCCUACACCCGAUCUCAGGAAUUUCUCAAGACAAUCCUUCCCCUGACUGAUGAACUGAAUGAUAUUCUGGGCAGGAUUUUUUGCCCCAACCCGGAGAUGAGGAUCACCUUGGCUGAGCUGCGAUGCCGCAUCAUGGCUUGCUCUCAGUUCACGGUGCCAGCAUCCCAACCGUUGUCCAUUCAGCAACACCAGCCAGUCUCACCACACAUCCCCGAAUACGUUACCGAUGAGGACGCCAUUGUCGAUGAUUACGAAUACGACUCUCCUCUCUCACCAGCCAGCACCACGUCCGAUGAGGGAUCGCUCACAUCUAGCGGCUCCACCAUUGAUGACCUGGAUGACGAUGAUUUUAUGCAAGAACAACAACAACAGCAACACGACGCUCCUGUCUCUUUUACUCCGGUGACCUAUGGGCCAGAGGACACCAGAGACUUGGGAAUUUACCAUGGCCAAGGCAUACCGCAACAGUUCACUGAACCCAGAGUAGUACCUAUACCGAUUCAAGUGCAACAGCAACCAGUGGUCUGCCAACAAACACCAGUGCCCAUCCAAGCGCCGGUGCCUGUGCACGCGCCUUGCCAGCCUAAAUCGUUCUUCCCGCUGUGGGAAGUCGUCAGAUACGUUCAACAGGUUCCUAUGAUGCAACAUCCUGUUGCCUUUCAACAAGUUCCCUUCAUCCCCUCAUUCCAAGGUUGCUAUUAA